CGAGUCACGGUCCUGGAAUGCAUGCAAAGCGCUUUGUCACAUUGUAGUUGUAGGAUAAACAUCAAGGUCGCUUGCCAGCAGUGUUUCAGCACAACCUUGACCUGUGCCCAUUGGUUGCUCGGUGGCAGGGGACCUUGGGAUCUGCUUUAAGUUUUGCAAGCCCAAGGGCAGAGCGCAUGCGUUGUCCUGGUUCCAGAUUGGCAGAACGUCUCCUAGGUGAAAGAAAUGGUGGGCCAGGCUUCUGCAGUUACCCAUCAGGUUGCUCCAAAGCUGGCCAUGACACGAUGUUGGACAGAUGCCAGCUUUUCAUCUUUAAAAUUUGAGCGGAGGAUGCACGGAGUGCGGCAUCAAGGACUGGGUGGCCACUUUGUGAAUCACAAUGCAAAGCACGGCCUGUAUGAUAGAUCAAUUGGGGUCCCGCCGGCUUUUGUGACUGGAGUCUUCCAGAAACACCAAGACUUCAGGAUAGAAGCAGCCAACUGGUUCCUGGCACUGCAACCUCCGUAUACAGCUCAGUGUUUGUGUGCCAAGUCCUUGAGGAGGAAGAGGAAGACCACACCAUUCGGCAUGCCUAUUCAUGAGGGCAUGAUCUGGGGCACUUCUGAACUUCGCAACUCCAGCAGGUUUCCAUGUCACAGCCGAGCAGUGGUAGAGCGGUGGCCUAGGGAAAUGCAGAGGCAAAAGUCUAGGGUUUUCGCGACCGGCGAGGACCCCGGGGGAAGUAGCAGCGAAUCAGAGAUCCCAGCCACGUCGGACGAGUUCCUUCGCAAAGUCUCGUCCGAAUCGUACACCAAUCUGAGCAAGCAAAUGCAGGAGAAAGAGGAGGCGAGCUUUGAAGUUCUGGAACGGGACCCCUGGGGCGAAGACAACAAAAUGGUGUAUGUACUGGCUCAGAAAGAAGAGUCCCUGUUUACUAUGAAGGUUCGAAAAGAUAGAAGCGACGUGGAGAACGAGUUUACCACUCUGUUUCCGUCCAUUGGAAGUCGGCAAAGAUGGAAACGGCCGGAACCUGCAAAGCCUCCAGCGGGAGAUGAGCAGGAGCCUACCGCCCGUUUUAGCAUGCAUGUUGACACAGUGAGCGAGGGCAUACUGGUGUUUGAAGACGAAGAUGAGGCGACGCGGUUCUGCGGGUUGUUAGAAACGGACGGCCGCCAAGACCUCUCAGUCGUAGAAACGGAUGCUCCUGGGUUGUUCUCCCUUUGCCAACGGUCAAAGGCUGUCGCUAUCUUGUUCAGGCAGGGUGUUAUGCCACCCCUUCCGGAUAGGUUGCAAAGGGCUCUGCGUGCUCGAAAGUUCUCGUUGGACGAUUGAGCCAAUAUUCAAUUGCAUGAUUACUUUCUUACAAAGCCUGGCUAUCAAUCUUCUGCAAGUUUGGGACAGUAGCUUUUGUUCUGGGCCACAGAUUACGGGAAUCAUGCGUUGACCCAACUCCCUCCAAAAGAUGUGCCUUGGAGAGGGGUACGUGAUACAAGCAUG